CGCCGGCGCCGGGCGGCAGGAUGGGCUGUAUCCAAAGCAUCACCUGCAAGGCGCGGAUCCGGCGCGAGAACAUCGUGGUGUACGAUGUGUGCGCCACCAUCGACCAGUGCCCCACGCGCAUCGAGGAGACCUCGCCCAUCGUCCUGCGCUACAAGACCCCCUACUUCAAAGCCUCGGCCCGCGUGGUCAUGCCCCCCAUCCCCCGCCACGAGACCUGGGUGGUGGGCUGGAUCCAGGCGUGCAACCAGAUGGAGUUCUUCAACACCUACAGCGACCUGGGCAUGUCAAGCUGGGAACUACCUGACUUGAGGGAAGGGAGAGUAAAAGCCAUCAGUGACUCAGAUGGGGUGAGCUACCCUUGGUACGGGAACACCACGGAAACUGUGACCCUGGUUGGUCCCACGAACAAGAUCUCCAGGUUCUCCGUCAGCAUGAAUGACAACUUCUACCCAAGUGUGACGUGGGCAGUACCAGUGAGUGACAGCAAUGUACCACUGCUCACAAGGAUCAAGAGGGACCAAAGUUUCACUACCUGGCUGGUGGCCAUGAAUACCACCACGAAGGAGAAGAUCAUUCUACAGACCAUCAAGUGGAGGAUGAGGGUGGACAUUGAGGUGGACCCUCUUCAGCUCUUGGGGCAACGGGCUCGGCUGGUGGGCAGGACUCAGCAGGAGCAGCCCCGGAUCCUGAGCCGGAUGGAACCCAUCCCCCCUAAUGCACUAGUGAAACCCAAUGCCAACGAUGCCCAGGUCCUCAUGUGGAGGCCCAAGCGAGGACCACCUCUGGUUGUGAUCCCUCCUAAGUAGACACAGACUGGCCUGACUGUGUGUGGAACACAUGGCGCUAUGACACGCAGUGAGGUUGCCAGGGGUGGCAGGAGCCAAACUGAGUUUCUGAGCCAAAGCAGACCUCUUGGUUUGCCAGCCUUUGCAGCCACUUACGAAGAGCAGGCCUGCUUCUGGGGCGGCAGAACCAUAAUCCUUAGGAAAAGUCCCUUCCUUUUAGGAAUAAAGAAAUCACUGAUUUGACA